AUGACUUCUACCCCAGUUCCAGAAUGGUUAACAGCUGAUUUGUUUGUAAGCGUUGUGGAAACAAAUGUUGACAAUUUUGAUAAAAUCAAUUCUAUGAAAGCGGAUACUCCUUUUGCUGCUGGAGAAAAUUUCCUAUCCACCUUGUGGGCUAUAGAAAUUGAAGUUGCCUUGAAGGAUGGUUCCACAAAGAUUUGCAAAUAUAUGCUUAAAGUACCACCAUCAUCACAACAGGCCCAGGCUCUGAAUAACAUGAUGAGUUCAUUUAAACGUGAAAGAAUUUGUUACUAUGAACUCUUCCCUGUUUUUGAUGAAAUGUACCGUAAGGCUGGUAAAGUGACAAAAAUUGCUCCCAACGCCUAUUCAUUUGAUAAAGAUUUGGGUUUCGAUAUUGUCCUUAUGGAGGAUGUACGUCAGGAUGGUUUCAAAAAUAUGAAUCGUCUUGAAGGUCUUGAUAUGGAUCAUACCAAAAAAGCUCUGGAUGUCAUUGCCCAAUUUCAUGCUGCCUCAGCUACAUAUAUUGUAAAGAACAAUGGUCUGCCCGAGUUGAUGAUGAAGCCAAUGCUUAAUGAGCAAAUGGUACAAAUGUUGGCCAAAGGCCAGGAGCCACAAGAGAAAGUGGUAGAGGAAAAUUUGCCUCUGUACAAAGCUGAGCAAUUAAAAGAUAAACUUAUAAGUUAUCGCCCAAAGUACUUGAAGGAAAUCAUUGACUCAGAAAAACGUAGCAUGGAUGAUUUCAACGUCCUCAGUCAUGGUGAUUGUUGGUCCAACAAUAUUAUGUUCCAACAUGAUGAACACAACAAUAUCGUCAAGACAUUGUUGGUUGAUUUUCAAGCUGGUCGUUUUACAUCCCCUGCCUUGGAUCUGCAAUAUUUCCUUUUGGGUUCCACUUGCUUGGAAAACAAAAUCAAAUAUUACGAUUACUUUAUUAGUUACUAUCAUAAGCAGUUGGUGGAAAAUCUUAUGAUUUUGGGUUAUCCCAAAAAGUUGCCAACUUUAAGAGAUGUCCAUUUGUGGAUGAUUGAUUUUGCUUUUAUGGGUUACACUGUGAUUUUAAAGAGCCUUCCCGUUGUUCUUUUGGAUCCCAGUACCACCAAAGAUAUUAACAUGGACAACAUGAUGGGAGAUAAAAAGGAUGGCGGAGCAAUGCAAAAGGCCAUGUACACCGGUGAACGUUACUGCAAACAAAUGCAACAACUUUUGCCAUGGUUAGCUAAUAAGGGAUAUUUUGAUUAA